CCUAAUAAAAUAUCGAGUCAAUUGAAACAAAUAUCUCAGGUUUUGGUCUUGAAAUGCAUAAUUGUAGCAUUUAUUAAGGGUUUUAAAGAAAAGAAGCAGACACUGGGAAACUUCAGUUUCUUCUUAGCAAACAUUCUGUUAUGUUGCAGGCCUGUCAUUCUCACUGACGUCAUUACUAAGUGGCCAGCAUUCAACUGGACUAAAGAGUUUUUACAAACAAAUUAUGGACAUGCAAAAGUUACAGUGAAGAUAUCUAAGGGUUCCGAAUCAUUUGGGUCUGUAGAGCAGCUUCAGCACAUGAUACCCCUCCUCAGCUCCAGUGAACUGAAACAAUGGUUCUAUAUUGAAGAUGAGCUCUUCCUUAACUUGCAUCCAACUCUUUUGAAAGAUAUUGGUAACACACAACUGAUUAUUCUUUUUUUUUCUUUUUUAUGCUCUGUUUUCUUUUUUUAUUCUAGCAAAGUUGAUGCUUUUACUCCUAACCUUUUGAAAUAUCCAAUGUUCCAAAUGACUAGAUCCAUUGAUUUUGAGCAAAAAUCAGGUGAACUUCUAAUAAUUCCGACCGGCUGGUAUCAUCAGGCUUAUAAUUCAGAAGAAACUCUUGCUAUUUCUAGUCAAAUAAUGAACUCCAUGAACUAUUUGGCUAUUAUGGAAGAGAUUAUUAAAGUUGGUAAUUUACACAAACAUACCCUACCAGACAAUUUUGGAAGACUUUCAAUAAAAAAACAGGUUCAAUCUCUCAUCAAAUCAUUACCUCACCACAUUUUACUACAAGGCCGUCGAGUUGUUGACACUUACCAAAGAACAAGAGAAGAACUCUAGCUCGGAAGAAACUCUUUUCAUGUUAUCAGUUCUGAAAAUCAUUAUUUGUUCAUGAACAUUUUUCUUCAAGACACCACCAUAUUUCAUUCACAUUGAGCUAGCAUCUAAAAAAUGAAAUGUUAUUUAAUAUAAUCAGAGACAUUUUCGUUUUUGCAUUGCUAUUUUUGGAUUACAUGUUUUAUGAAGUCAGCAUAUCAUCAUGUUCUAAUAAAUUAUUGUCUUCUUAA